AUGUCCUCGACGAUUGAUUGUAUGACAGUUGGUGAUUCCUAUGUAGGAAAAACCUUUUUUAGUAGAGCAUGUACAAAUAGACCAUUUGAAGUAGUAGGUGCAACAUGUUGUAUUGAUAACUGGGGAAUCAAAUUUCCAGAUGGUCGAGAAGCAUUGAUUUGGGAUACAGCAGGUCAGGAGAAGUUUGAAGCAAUGAUACGUAUUUACUUCAUGAAUAAGCAUUUGGUAUUCUUGGUAUAUGAUGCUACAUCCAGAUCAUCAUUCGAUCAUUGUCAAUAUUGGGCCAACAAAGUUGAACAAUUGUGUAACAUGGCUUAUAUCAAAGUGUUGGUUGCAAACAAGAUUGAUAUUAAGGAGUAUCGAUGUGUUACCAAAAAGGAAGUAAUGACCCUUGCCGCGGAACUUGGGUACAUGUACCUUGAAGCAGAUUCCUACACAACAGAAGGUCGCAAUAAUGUAUCAAACGAGUUUGUCAAUCUAGUCAAUCAAACAUUUGACUUCAUAUCUAAUAUGGAGGCAGAAGAAGAAGAUGAUGGUGAUCAUGGUCAUAACGAUAAAGAUGAAAUAGUAGAUUAUCAAACUAUUAAUCGUCUAACAUCAUUCAAACUACAUACACAAUAUGAUUAUCAAUCACCUGUAAUCUACAAUCCUAACAUCAACAACCACAACAAUAAUAAUAAUAAGAAUAGCAGACCUAGGAGAAAUACAAUGAAAGUGGAACCUGAGAAAGUGAUUCUAGAGGAGAAGAAGAAAGAGAAGAAAAGUUGUUGCGGUAAA